AUGAAGAUUGCCAAGCUGUUCACCCUUUUCGCCAUUUUACCCAUUGUAUGCUUGUUGGGAAAAGAAAAUGCAGAUAUCAUUUCUCCGAAUGAUGAGCUUAAGAAGGAGGGUCUGGAUGUAGACAAAAGAAUUCAAAAACUUUUACACAAGAGAAAAUUAUUAAUGAUAUCAAUAAUAGCGGCGUCUGUACUCGCCGCGGGGGGAAUACUCGGUGGAGUGGGUUAUGGCAUCAUGAAACAUCGCAAAAAAGAGCGCAAGGAAAUGGAAGAUGAGCCAUUUACAGACAUUCUUGAUACAGAUCACGCUAAGAAAGAGACAACCCCAUUUAAAACGACGGCGCACACAGAUUACCCCGACAUGCGUGAAAAUAUCCAAAUUCCUGUCGAAGAAGUACCCCAAUCCAAUGUCGUCAUCGAAGAAACUGAUGGUGAUACAGGUGAGAAAUUGGGGGAUUCAUUCUUUGAUAGUUCAUUCAAUAUCAAUGUUACAGACUCUCCCAUUAUCUAA